AUGGAUAAAGAGCAUACGUUCUUAUCAUUUAUAUUAACAAAUUGGAAAUUCGAUGAAAAUAACUUAUAUCAUAAACGUAAAGAUUUAAUACAUGAAUUAAAAUUAAAUGUUAAAACAUUAAUGGAAUAUGCUUCAGUUUGUCGUUCAAUUCCUGAAGAUAGUACACAUGUAAUUAGUUUUUGUGCAUUAGUUCAUGAUUGUCUUCGAAUUGGUUUAAAAACAUCACCAUUUAUAUUCAAUCAAACUAUAUCAACUUAUGCUAUAUUACGUAAAAUUUCAAAUCAAUGUGAUCCAGCUAUGGAAAUAAUCAAUAAAUUUGAAAAACAUUUCAAUCCAAUUGAAAAUAAUCAUAGGAACAAUUCACAAUCUGAUCACCAUGACAACGACCACGACCACCAGCACCAGCACCACCACCACCACCAACAACAACAAUCAAUAAAAAGAGAAAAUAAAUCAAAUUUAAAAAAACUUUUUCAUUAUUCAGAAAAUAAUAAAAUAAUAACUAAACCAAAAAAACAACAAACAAAUAGAUUGAAACUACUUAGAGAACAUAUAAUUGAAGUUGUUGUUAGAACUAACAAUAACAAUUCAAAUAUUGAAUGGAUUCACUUUGCACUUGUAGAGAAACUACUUGAACCCAUUGUACAACAUAUAUGUUCAAGAGCAAAAGAAUUUUACAGUUCUGAUAGCAUUGUGGCUAAUCAAUGUGAUGUGAAUGUAUUCUUAUCUUUGAUUAGAGGUCCAUGUGCAAUUAAUUAUACAUCAGGUAUUCAUGAAGAUUCAUAUUGGUUAAAUUUACAUGCAAAUGAAUUAAUUGAAAGGCAAAGAUUCACAUCAAUUACAAAUCAAAAUCAAACUAGUUAUAUUCCAUUAAAAGCUUCCCCUAAGCUUGUCACUCAAAUAGUUCACAUGGCAACUAUUGAUGAUGAUAAUAAAAAUAAAAAAAUUGAUAAAACAUUCAAAAAAAUUAGAAAUUCUUCUACAUUAUCAGACUCAUCAAUUACAGAUACUACUACUACUAAUAAUAAUAAUAUAGAUAGUUUAUAUCAAACAAGAAGAAGUACAUUACUCUAUGGAAAGAAUAAUGUUAUGUUAGGUGAUGAUCAAAAUUCUCUUGGUUAUUUUGAAUUAAUCAGUUCUACAAAUGAUUUAUUACUUAAAUGGACAUCGAAUAAUUUAUUAUUACAAGCAUCCUAUGGUAAAUUUGAUCAUAAUCAUAACAACGGUGAUAAUCAAUAUAAUGUUGAUCAAAAGAUAUUCAAUGAUUCAAUAUAUGAAUGGAAUAAUCUUAAAGUUUUAGACAAAUGUAUCACUUCACAAAGUUCACAAUCAGUCAAGAACAAUAAAAGAAUUGAUUAUGGUUUCCAAUUGGGAAUUCUCACAGUAUCAAUGAAAAAAAUUGAAUAUGUUCACCUACAUCAAGACGCAUCCAAUGAAUAUUGUAUCAUUUUAAUUGGUUUUGAUGGAAUCCCACAUCCACCAAUACGAUUGCACGGUGGAUUCAAUGCUGUUUAUAAUUUUCUAAUAUGUUUGGACCAAGGUUUACAACCUAUUGCCUGUUUAAAUCCAUCACCUACUGAAUUAGAUGAAGUCAUUGAAAAGGAUGAAGCAAAAGAAUCAAAAACAAAUGAAAAUCAGAAAAUCAAGUUUAAAUUAUGGAAUUUAAUUGAUUUUCUAAAUAGAACAAAUGAAUCUAAUGAAAUCUGUAAACAGCCAAUUGUCAUACAAAGUAGAAAUGAUAAAAAUCCAUUUAAGGAUCAUGACGAUGAUGAUGGUGAUGGUGAUGAUGAUAUCAAUGAUCAUGAUGAUGUGAAUAACAAGAAUGAAAUCAAUUCAAAUCAACCACCAAAUAAUGAAAAUGUAACAUGCUUUCAUGAUGAAAAGAGCGAGUUGAAAAGAUCAUUGAUAAUCUAUAAUGAAAGAUAUAAAAAUAUAGAAACAAAAGGUGUUAUAUUUAAAGUUAUGCGUUUUGAUAAUUUUGAUCCUCGACCCAUUUAUGAAUGUAUAUAUUUUGGAGGUUGUGUAUCAGAAUUACGCAAUGAAGUUUGGCCUUAUCUACUAGGUGUAUAUAAUUGGACAAUGAAUGAAGAAGAAAAACAAACUAUCAAUGAACAAUUAAAAGUACAUUAUAAUGAAAAAUAA